AUGGACAAUGGGAUUAACAAGAAACCUUCACACAGACUUUCACGGUGCUUUUCAAAUAAACAUAAUUUUCCUUUAAAAUCUUCUAAAUUGGACACUCAGAUUAAUCCUUUUUACGCUUUGGUAAUUUUUUUUGUCUCUUUGAGAAAUUAA